GCUUUGCCAGCUAAAUAUAAUUGUGAUAAAACGAUUCAAGUACAUUCCAAAUAAGCGGAGACACAAGGAAAACAUACGAAGAUAUUGCAACUUCGGAGCGAAAGACUAACGAUCGAGUGGCGCUUUCACCCGGAGUCGAAGAAGACGCCGACUUUGAGCUGAAAAAUUCGCACAUCGCAUCCCUUGCUUUGCAGCAUAUCAGCAUUCAGACAUUCCAGCACACUUUCAAUUCAAGGUCAAGUGCGCGUCUCAGGAGGACUACAACAGUUUUUGUACAGCAAUAAAAUGAGUAAAGAUAUUUACUAUUCGGAUAAAUAUUACGAUGAGAAAUUCGAGUAUAGACAUGUGGUCUUGCCCAAGGAGCUGGUGAAGCUGGUGCCCAAGACCCAUCUGAUGACAGAGACCGAAUGGCGAUCGAUCGGUGUGCAACAGUCACGCGGAUGGAUCCAUUAUAUGAUUCACAAGCCAGAGCCACAUAUCCUGCUUUUUCGACGGCCCAAAAUGGAGGAUUAAAGGGAGAAAACACAUUCACACAUGCCAACACAUACAGUCAGCGUCUUGCAAGGGGAAGGAGGUAGCGCUCGCAUACACAAACACACACACUCUUAUACGACGUCCGGCAGCUGCUGCUGGUGUCCGUGUAUUGGUGGUGGUGGAUGUGGAACCAACUGUUGCGAUCGUCACCCUGCACUUUCCCGAAUACUUUUUUUAACAAAUAUUUAUACUCCUCUGUAACCCCUACCUGCACGUACUCCUACCCCAUAGAUACGUACACCAAAGUGGCCAUAUUUUCAACACCUUUAUUCCAUAUAGAGGACAGGCAUAGUGGAGCACUAGCUAUACUUCUAUUUGUACUCUUUGUUUAACGCGAUCUGUAGUCUGUUUUUAAAAGCAAUUUUAACUAUUUUAGAAAGUUCUUUAAGCUCAAAAUACCACCUUACCCCAUAGAUGAUAUGAAAACCUUAGUGGCCAUUUGGAUCACUUCUUUUUAUAGAGGAGGGGGAUAGUGAAACACUGGAAAUAGGUUCCCACAUUCCUCUCCGAACAUUUAAAUGCAUUUUGCCAUUAGUUUAUUGUCAUUUUGCAGUACGUCGGAUACGAAAAACCACUUUGCUCACAUUUAAUCUUAAAAGAAAAUCUGAUUUGUGAUCUUGAAAUUUGUUUAUCAAUAAUACAUAUAUAUGUUUACACA